AUGUUUUUAGUUGUGAUUUCUUGGAAGGAUGGCAGGCGUUUCAUCUGGAAGCAAGGCGCAAGCGUUAACGUGAGCCUUUGCGCACGCGGAAGGUGGAAAUUUGAGCUUAUUUACACUUUCCAUGGCUGCUUGCAUUACACAUGCAGCUCUGGAGUAUCCAACGUCGGUCCAUCUCUGCGACCAAAGACGAAUCCGAAGUUCGGAAAGUACCUUGGCUCCUUCCCGGAAGUGUGGAGCUGCGAGCAUGCGUGUAUGGCGGAUGGUCGGCCUGUAUCAAUCAAAGUAUCAAGAAGGGCGGCAAGUGCUGGAGCUACACGUUUAUGGUUGACAGCGCUGAUACUAAAUCCGCAAAAGGACAUUGCUAUGGAAACUUUGCUCCUGUGUGGGAUCCAAUUGAGUACAACAAGUGUGUGCAGGAACGAGACCCGCACCUUGUUUAAAUCUUCCACCAGGCCUGGCAUUAAGCUAGGAGAGUUCCUCCUCAACCUCAGAGACUCUGUCAAAGCCUGGCCCAUCAUCGUUGGGUGCUAUAUUGUCCGCAAUGAUGGCAAGUACUUCACGGCAAGCAAUGUCUGGGCGUUUCUUUCACUUCUCGCUGUCAGCUGGCCCCUAGUCUUUCUGUUUGUCAAGAAAGAGCAUGGAGAAACAAGUGACACGAACGGUGCCCGCAUCAAGCUUGGAUCACAGCUUAACGCUAAGCAGAACAAAGGUAGAGUGAUGGAAUUGGAGAAAUUUUUCCGUUUUGACUGGGUUGAUGCUGCGAAGAAGACCAAGUAG